CUACGUUUCUAAGGUAACACAAACUUAGAACUUGGCAGAAACGUCAGCUACUUCAUGCUUGGCAAACAGCGCGCAAGGUUUGUUUGCGGCAGGAAGUAAACGUCUCGUGUCCAUGUAUUACUCCCAUUUAUUCAGACGUUGGGAAUAAAACCAUGCAUGCUGACAGUGGGCCAGUUGACUUGGAUGUCUUCACACAGAGCCACGAUGAUUAUGCAAUCCGGUGUAACAAAGCAGCAAGAAUCAUACAGGGUGUAUGGAGAAGACACGUCGAUAGCAGAGUAUUCACAUAUUUCAAGAGACUAAUACAAUUCCACAACCAAGGAGACCCACGUGUCCUGCUGAGGCAUGUCAACCCUAGAGAGGCUGAUAUGCUGGACUCAGCAGCAGGGGUCUUUAUUCGAUUUAGACUUGGCGGAGUCAAGUUUCCACCAAGCAUCUACUACAAAAUCUUCACCCACCGGCCCAUAGUGGACAUGUGUGCCAAUAGCCCCAAGGACUACACAAACGAGGCCACGAGGCAGCCAGUGCCUCGCCAGGUGCACCUCCUCCACUCGGCUGUCUGCCAUGACGACAGGUCAGGCUGGUACAAACGAGUGGACAACAAUGGAUGGAGAGUGCUCGCAGGCAAGGUUGGUGUUUAUCCUGAUGAAGUCACUGUGGACACAGCGUCGAAGAGGGUCGAGCACCGGCAUACCAAGCUGCUGAGGCGUCAGGAUGUGGCGAAGAGGAGGAAGCUAAGGAAGAUCGAGUGGUUUAAAAAAAUGUAUGAGGAAGGGGCCCUGUGUGCGCGGACAGAGGACACAGAGACAGCAGUCUUAGUGGAGAAGUCCACGUUCGGCAUGCUGUUUGCUGUGGAUCAGCUGGGAGUGGACAACAUCGCAGACUGGGAGGUGGAUGAGCUGUUGGAGUGGACCAAUUCACUCAACUUUGAUGAGUAUAUCAGUGAAUGGAAGACGGUAGGCACCAGCCAGUCAUCUGUGCAAAAAGAGAGGAGAGCGGAGCCGUCUGGCAUCAUCACAAGUGACUAUUCCAAGCUGACUCAAAACGACAGCCAGUAUGUGACCAACAGCAGCACCCUCUAUCCCCAGAUGUCAAAUCAAAUCAAGUCCGAGCAUUCAUUGGACCCUGCUCCCUUAAACAUAGAUGGCAGUAUAUUAAUUUGAUGCCUGAUUUUAUGUCAACACAAGCAUUUUGAUAUGAGAAACAGUAAAGAAUAAGAAUAACCCA